AAAAACUGUGUUGUUCGAGUUCAAGGAAAAUCGAGAAAAGGAAAAACGCUCGCCGUCCUGGGAAUCUGCAGAGAAUUUCCCAAGCUUUGGAUUCUUAAGAACUCUAGUACUCGUAAUACCAAUACGCUUAGUGCCCAGGGACACAUGAAGCUGUCCUAGAACUCGCGUUGCGUUUUUCUUCAAACGAGUAGGAGCUGGUGGUGUCUUUGAAACAACAAAGUAAAAUUGCGUAUCAGCCGCUGAGUGGUGCCUGUGAAUUUGUGUUGUGAAGGGGUUCAGGUUCAGGUCGCCAAGAUGAGCAAACAUAUGUACACGACGGCCAACCUUUCGGACGUUGAGCUGAAGGAUCAAGGCAAUCGGUUGUUCUCCGCCCGCAAAUACGACGAUGCCGUUAAUCUGUACACAAAAGCCAUUAUCAAAAAUUCCACCAAUGCCACCUACUUCACGAACCGUGCCCUGUGCCACAUAAAGAUGAAACGCUGGGAGACCGCUUGCAGUGAUUGUCGGCGCGCACUGGACAUGGAUCCCAAUCUUGUCAAGGGCCACUUCUUCCUCGGUCUCAGCUUGAUGGAGCUGGAAGCCUUUGAUGAAGCAAUAAAGCAUUUGCAACGAGCGCAUGAUUUGGCGAAGGAACAGAAGCUCAACUUUGGCGACGACAUUGCAUCACAGCUUCGUCUUGCGCGAAAGAAGCGCUGGAACAUACAGGAGGAGAAGCGAAUAUGCCAAGAAAUUGAGCUGCAGUCCUAUCUAAAUAGGCUCAUUACGGAAGAUAUGGAGAAUCGUUUAGCAAAGCUGAAGCUCGACGAUACGAUCAAUGAAGAAACGGCGAAGGAAAAGGCCAUAGAAAUUGAACGUGAAGGCGGUAAUCAUAUGACUGAAUUAAACAACUUGUUCGCAAAAGUAGACGAAAGAAGACGGAAACGUGAAGUACCUGAUUACUUGUGCGGCAAAAUUAGCUUCGAGUUGCUAGUAGAUCCUGUGAUUACCCCGUCCGGCAUGACGUACGAGCGGAAGGACAUUGAAGAGCACCUUCAGCGUGUAGGGCAUUUCGAUCCCGUUACACGCGUUAAACUAACACAAGAUCAACUGAUAUCGAAUUAUUCGAUGAAAGAGGUUGUCGAUGCGUUUCUGCAAGACAACGAAUGGGCAUUAGAUUACUAAGCCUCCAAAGCACCGUAAUCUACGGUACUUAUUUGGUCAUUCUACCCACCACACCACCGUUCGAAAUUAAAUUUUACUCUUUUCCACUUCAUAUUUCGGCGCAUCAAUACCAGUUAUCUUCUCUUAUCCACAGUAUUAUCCAAAAGAUGAUACUUCUAUUUGCCUGUUCUCCUGUUCUCGAUUGUUCUUAGCUGCUUUUGUUUUGUUUGGCCAAAUGUGAUUUACUUCAGUAACUAUUAUAGCAGGAGUAAAAGCGCGCGAUGAAGAAAUAGGUGCGCUGGCAACGUUAUUAGUAUGACGGAUAGCGCAAGACCAGUACUAAAGAUAGCACCUAUAGAGUAAUCCAUAAAAAAGGUAUAUGUAUAUGGAAAUGAAAAAAUAGCGGAAUGUUUGAAUAAUGAAUUAGAGAAAACAGCAUAAUUCUGUUGCUCCAAAAAUAGAGUAUAUCUAUGAAGAUAGCUCAGAAGCUCCCUUAGUUUAAAAACGUCAGUCGGUGAUUUCUGUUUUUUAUUUUGCUUCUCUUCUCACGAAAGCACAUCGGCUGCAUGGAAUCCCGCCCCGUAAGAUAUACGUUAGUGAAUGCACUAUAACGAAAAAACACAUUGGGUAAAUUGGCACGGUUGCGUUUUGUUUUUAAAAAAAUUGAAAAAAACAGUCAAUUGUUUCUUCCAGCUUUACUUUAGAUUUAUCCAAAAAAAAAGAA